CUACGACUUCCACCACAGAAUGUUUAACCAAAACUAUGGUACAUUUGGAUUACUGGACAGACUACAUGGCACAGACAAGUUGUUUCGUCAGAGUAAGGAAUUCGAGAGACACAGGAUCCUGCUGGGGUUGACAUCUGCCUCUCAACUUGUACCUGACUCACAGUGAAAGACACUGAAGAGUUUAAGUAUAACU